CGAUUUCUUUUUCCUCUGAGAAAGUGAUUUCCUUUUGAUUUUGAUUCUUUUUUAGUCUUUCUGCAAUGAUUCCGUAUUUUGAAUUAAGGGUUUAUAAUAAAGCAGAGAUUGGAGUUUGGUUUGUUGUGUAUCAACUAUCACAAUGGGUGCUCUUAGAAGAAGAAAUGUUGGUUUGAUUGAUUCAAAGGGUUGUUCUAAAUUGUUUCCUGUUUUACAAUCUCCUCCUCCUACUCCUUCAAUGUCUCACUCCAAUGGUCCAUUCUCUUCUCUUGUCAUUUGUGUCACUGGUUUAUCCAAAGAUGCAAGAAAACAAGUCAAGGAAGCGACAGAGAGACUCGGAGGCGAGUACAGUCCUCAUCUUCACCUGCGAUCUUACAGCUCUUGUGGACGUAAGUUUGAGCACACUUUGAAACAUGGGGCAAGAAAUGGUCUAUUUGUUGUUACGAUUGGCUGGUUUGUAGAUAGCGUCAAGAGAAACCUCAGGAUGAGCGAAUCACUUUACAAUGUUAAACAACUUGGACAAAAUUGCGAGAAGGGGGGUGAGCUAAGCCGGAUUUUUGAUCUCGAACCUAUAUGUCGUCCUCGACAAAUUCAAGCUGUACAUUCUGGCACAUCAACGAAGAACCACCAAGUAUCUUCUUCUGGAACAGAGUCUGGCACUAGUGUAGACAUGACUCUUGCUGACCAUUGCAUGUAUGUUGAUUCAGACAUUUCAGAUGAACUCCGCCUUAAGGUGUUAAAGGUUGCUGGAGAGCAAGGAGCAAAAGUGAUUGAUUCAUGGUUUAUUGGUUGCAAUGCAAGUCUUGUCGUGUGUGAAGGUGCUUCUAUCCAGAGAUAUCUUGGCCAUGCCAACACCAUUGUCUCGCCACUAUGGGUUCUGAAAACAGUGGAGAGACAUCGACAAAGACUUGUUCAUAUGUCACCUGAUUUAGCCAGACAGUUAGGAUUAAUGCUUGAAAAUUUUGAAGAUGGUACUGCAAAAGAGAAAAUUUGCGGGCAAGGUAAUUCUCAAGAUGCUUUUAAAUUCAGAAGUUUAUCAAAACAAGAACGGAAAGAGACUGUAAAUAUAGCUAAAACUGGUGUUAGGAGACGGCGUGCUCGCUAUAUGCAGACUUGUCAAAACCCAAUAAGACGCAUAACACAAAGCAGCCUGCUGGAGAAUAUUUGCUGGACAAUAUCUGAAGCAGCUUCAACCGCCACUAUUUUUACUGAUCCUUGCAGCAGCAGUCGUGACAUCAGUGAACCCCAGCUUUCUGUUGUACAAGAAGGGAUAGAUAAAGGGUUAGAUCCAGUGGCUUCUUUUUCAAAUUCAACCAGAGCGCUCACCGAGAGCGAAAAGACGGAAGUAAUAUUUAAAGACAGCUUCCUUACAAUUCUAUUUCCAGCUGAUCGGUUCUCGGAGAUUGGACCUUCUUCACGGACUUAUUUCAGUGAUAGCGGUUUCACUUGUCUGCAAAUCUUAAACUAUAUCCACAGAUUUUAUCAGGAGAACUUGCCGGAUCAUGAAAUAGAGGUUGCGAUUCACACAGACUCAAGGCACGCAGACCGUCUCAGAACAGUGUAUUGCAGCAAAGAGACAUCAGAUGAAGGACACAUCGUUUUCCCGAGAAUAGAGUUACUGGGAAGCAGGAAAUGUUUCGAAAUGCUUAAGCGGGUGAAUGGAGAGAACAACAGUAAUGUUUAUGAGCUCAUGAUUAGAGCUUAAUUUCUCUUAUACAAUACAAAAUGGGACCAAGA